UGAGUAAACUUGUUAGUAUACAUCACAAAGCAGCGAUCAACGCAACCCGAGCGAGCGAGAGAGAGAGCACGCGAUGGCGAAGCCAUUGGGACCAACGGGGGAAUUCUUCAGGAGAAGGGACGAAUGGAGGAAGCACCCGAUGGUGGGGAACCAGAUGAGGCAUGCCCUACCCGGCCUCGGCACGGCGCUCGUCGCCUUCGGCAUCUACCUCAUCGGUGAGGCCGCUUACAACCGCUUCUACCGCACACCUGACUCCCAGCAUUGAACCCCUAGCUUCUGUUUCAGGUGCAAAUGUAGCAAUGGGGAUAAAUACUCUGAACUUGGAAGCAUUUUCUUCUUGCAUUUCAUGUUUUGCUGCUGAACAGUAAUGCUCAAUCUGUGUGCUCAUGUGGACUUACUAUGUUAUUUUGAAUCAGGUUAUGUCAAACUCGUAUAAACUUGCUCUCACAUGCUUGUGUUGAAAAUAAAUGAAAAGCAGACUUCUCCCAUUUUGUGCCAA